ACAAUCCAUACGACAAAGUGUCCACUCAUUCGCCGCACGAGUCGUACCCGACGUAACCCUCAAUGUCAACGCCCGCCCGAAGACGACUUAUGCGUGACUUUAAACGGUAUACCAAUUGUCCGAUCGUUCACUCAAUCACUGCUUUCGCUACUCAUUCAACGCAUCAAACAAUCGGUUGAUUUUGUGGUCACUUUCGGCACCCAUUUGUGUCGUCCAGAAGUGUGUCCACACAACUCAUUACUGCAAGAGGACCCGCCGGCGGGUGUGAGCGGAGCGCCGACUGAUAACAAUAUUAUGAUCUGGAAUGCAGUCAUCUUCGGUCCACGUGACACUCCCUUCGAAGACGGAACCUUCAAAUUGACGCUCGAAUUCACCGAAGAAUACCCGAACAAAGCGCCGACCGUUCGGUUUGUGUCCAAAAUGUUUCACCCGAACGGUAAAUAA